AUGAGAAAGGGGGGGGUUCAGAUGGAGGACAGCACCACCCUCAUCGUCAUGGAAACCAAGCAGGACAACAGCUAUGGCAGCAUCACCAUGAGUGCACCUGUUCAGCCUCCGGACCGGAAUGUGUUCAGCGACGGAGCGACGCGAGUCGAUUACGUGUUGGUGUGGGAGGAGCCUCGCAGCUCCAAGGAUGAGCAGAGUGUGGGUGUUAGUCCCGCCCACCGGAAGUGGAGGGAGGAGUUUCUGAGGAAACUGAAACAGUGUGGGCUGCUGCAGGAACAGAAGAUCGUCCUUCAGACAAAGAUCAGGAUCUGCUUCGUCCUCCUCAGCGCUCCAUGGAGCGUCCUCAGUUAUUACGCCGAGGAGAUCAGUCUGCGAGUCCCUCUGCAGGUGGUCAACUCCCCCAACGUGUCCUGGUCUGAGCAGGUUCUGUCCUGGUUGUCCCUCCCCAACCCUCUGGCCCAGGACGUCCCACACCCCCCCCUGUGCUACUACACCUGUCAGUUCAGGCCCAACAAGCUGCCGAGGUUUCUGGGAAGCGACAACAAAGAGACGUUUUUCAAGACGACUCAGAGACACCAGGUGCUCUAUGAGAUCCUGGCCCGGACGCCGUACGGCUGCGUGAGGGAGGGGCAGGUGGGCGUCGACCGGCUGCUGAGCGAGCACGUCUUCACGGCUGCGUUCCCGCUGCACGAGGGUGGUUUCCAGCCGCCGCCCCCCCCGCGGCCCCCCCUGUCUCCCAGCCUCAGACAGGUGCUGUACUCGCACUGGGCCCGCUGGUCCUGCUGGAGGUGCUACCAACCUCUGGACCACAUCAGGGAAUACUUCGGAGAGAAGAUCGCACUGUACUUCGCCUGGCUCGGUUUCUACACCGCUUGGCUGUUACCGGCGUCUCUCCUGGGGACGCUGGUCUUCAUGGUCGGGAUCUGCCUCGUGGUCACUGACGUGCCAGCGAAGGAGGUGUGUGACAGUGGAGACGACUUCGUCAUGUGUCCAACUUGUAACAUCUGCUCCUUCUGGAACUACUCCAGCAUCUGUGUCACCUACAAGGUAGGGAUCCUGUUUGAUAAUGGAGGGACGGUGUUUCUCAGCGUCUUCAUGUCUCUGUGGGCCGUCACCUUCCUGGAGUACUGGAAGAGGACCUGCUCGUCUCUGUCUGAUCGAUGGAACUGCUCCGACUUCCAGGACAUCGAGGAGCGACCUCGUCCAGAGUUCACCGCCAUGGCGCCGAUGACCAUGAGGAACCCGGUGACGGGCGCAGAGGAACCUUAUUUUCCUGAAAACAAACGAUUCAACAGAACGCUGAGCGGCUGCAUGGUGAUCAUCAUCAUGAUUGUUCUGGUGUUGAUGUGUCUCAUCGCCAUCAUUUUGUGCCGCAGCAUCCUCAGCAUCCUCAUCUACAAGUCCAGCAACAGCUUCUUCAGCCUCUCUGCUGGGAGAAUAGCCAGUUUCACGUCGUCAGUGUUGAACCUGCUGGUCAUCCUCAUGUUGUCCAGGCUCUACACGGCUCUGGCCCACAUCCUCACCCGCUGGGAAAUGCAUCGCACUCAGAGUAAAUACGAAGACAUGUUCAUCCUCAAAGUUUUCAUCUUCCAGUUUGUCAACUUCUACUCGUCUCCGGUUUACAUCGCCUUCUUCAAAGGACGGUUUGUUGGUUACCCUGGAAACUACAACACUCUGUUUGGAGUUCGCAAUGAAGAUUGUGGAGCAGGCGGCUGUCUGGUGGAACUGGCUCAGGAGCUGCUGGUCAUCAUGGGCGGAAAACAGCUGAUCAAUAACAUCCAGGAGUUCAUCGUCCCGAAGUUGAAGUCCUGGUGGCAGAAGAGGAGGAUGAGUGCCGUGCAGAGGGAGGUGAAGGAGGAUGGAGGAGAGGAGGCUCAGUGGGAACAGCUCCCUCCCUGGGAGGCCGACUACCAGCUCUUGGUGUGUGAUGGUCUCCUCAGCGAGUACCUGGAGAUGGUGAUUCAGUUUGGUUUCAUCACCAUCUUUGUGGCGGCGUGUCCUCUCGCUCCUCUCUUCGCUCUCAUUAAUAACUGGGUGGAGAUUCGAUUGGAUGCUCAGAAGUUUGUUGCUGAAUAUCGCCGCCCUGUGGUGGAGCAGGCUCAGGACAUCGGCAUCUGGUUACCCAUCAUGCAGUUCAUCACACACACAGCUGUCCUCAGCAACGCGUUCCUCAUAGCGUUCACUUCCUCCUUCCUGCCUCGUCUGUACUACCGCUACACCAGAGACCGCACACUGAGCGGCUUCGUCAACUUCACACUGGCAACAUCGCACAACUACACCCAGCAAGACCAGAAGACAUCCUGCAGGUAUCAUGGCUUCAGGGAUGAAAAUGGUCAAUACCUGCCACAUUUCUUUCACCUCCUCGCCAUACAACUGGCUUUCGUUAUCAUCUUUGAGCAUGUGGUCUUCUUCAUUGGUCGUCUGAUCGACAUGAUGGUCCCUGACGUCCCUGAGGAGGUGGAGAUGAAGAUUAAGAGGGAGCACUACAUGGCUAAAAGGGCACUUGCUGAGAACCGGACUGUGACGGACACCAUGUUUCCUGGUGAACAAGACCCUCUGUCCCGCAGUCUGAGACAGCGUGGAGCUAGACCCUCGCAACCAACACAGAAUGAGUUCCCACCACCGAACUUGAAGAAGAUCCCAGAGGAAACGGACUCACGAGGCAGCUGCUAA